AUGGAUUCCAUAAAUUUAUUUGUUUAUCUGUUUGUUUAUCUUUGUGGUGAUCUAUCUAUCUAUCUAUCUGUCUGUCUAUCUAUCUAUCUUCUUAACAAAAUUCCUGCUAAGGGAAGAAAAGAAAAAAUUCACCUAUUAAUUUUUUUCAAUUUUCCCAAACAUACCAAACAAUUUGCCUACCCACAUAUCUGUCCAUCCAUCAUUUCCCUACCCGCAUAUAUGUCCAUCCAUCCAUCAUUUCCCUACCUGCAUAUAUGUCCAUCCAUCCAUCAUUUCCCUACCCGCAUAUAUGUCCAUCCAUCCAUCAUUUCCCUACCCGCAUAUAUGUCCAUCCAUCAUUUCCCUACCUGCAUAUAUGUCCAUAUGUCCAUCCAUCAUUUCCCUACCCACAUAUGUCCAUCCAUCAUUUCCCUACCCACAUAUGUCCAUCCAUCAUUUCCCUACCCACAUAUGUCCAUCCAUCAUUUCCCUACCCACAUAUGUCCAUCCAUCAUUUCCCUACCUGCAUAUAUGUCCAUCCAUCCAUCCAUCCAUCAUUUCCCUACCCACAUAUGUCCAUCCAUCAUUUUACCUACCUGUAUAUAUGUCCAUCCAUCCAUCAUUUCCCUACCCACAUAUUUGUCCAUCCAUCAUUUGCCUAUCUGCAAAUCUGUCAAUCUAUUAUUUAUCCUUGUGCUAAAUUCAUAUUGGUGUAUUUUAUAA